GGGCGCCUGGCACGGCGCGGCACGGGUAGUUCUGGCCCCAGCUGGUGCCGACCGCCAGGGCUGCGGCUCCCCUUGUGCCCCAGAGCCUCCUCCCGCGGGGGGAGUCCCAGCUCUCUGGGGUCUUUAUCGCGGCAGCUGCGCCAGCAUCAAGGCGCGGGGAGCCCCGGGCGCAGGCAGGGAGGCGGGUGGAGGGGCCUUGAGAUAAGGUGGCAGACACAACACCCGUGAAGUGGGGCGGGGGGGACCCCCCCUCCCAGCCCUUUUAAACGCCGCGGCCCCCUCGGCCGGCACUGCUGGCCCAUGGAGAAAACCACGGUGCUGAUCACAGGCUGCUCCUCCGGCAUCGGCCUGGGGCUGGCUGCGCGGCUGGCGGCCGAUGCCGCUCGCAGGUUCAAAGGUAAAGGGGUGACGCUGCCCGGGGGGAGCCGGCACCCCUGGGGGUUCCCCGGGCCGGGCAGGCAGUGCCCGGGGCAGGCUGGGGCUGGCGAGGCCGAGCAGCUCGGUGGCAGCGCGCCCGCAGCCGCGCUCUCUCCCCCAGUGUACGCCACCAUGCGCGACCUGGCCAAGGGCGAGCGGCUGCUGGAGCGCCUGGGGGGCUACUGCCCCGACACGCUGGAGGUCCUGCAGCUCGACGUCACCGACCCGCGCUCGCUGGCGGCCGCCGCGCAGCGGGUGCAGGGACAGCAGCUGGACGUGCUGGUCUGCAAUGCGGGGGUGGGACUGAUGGGCCCCCUGGAGACCUGCUCCGACCAAGCCAUGAAGACCGUCUUCGACGUCAACCUCUUCGGGGCCAUCCGCACCAUCCAGGCGUUCCUGCCCGCCAUGAAGCGUCGCAGGGCCGGGCGGAUCAUCGUCUCCAGCAGCAUCGGGGGGCUGCAAGGGCUGCCCUUCAACUCCGUGUACUGCGCCAGCAAGUUUGCGCUGGAGGGGCUGUGCGAGAGCCUGGCCAUCGUCCUGCGCCCCUUCAACAUCCACCUGACGCUGGUGGAGUGCGGACCCGUCAAGACCAGCUUCCUGGCCAACCUGCAGCGCCCGGACCCCGAGGAGCUGCAGGACCUGGAUGCCGAGACGCGGGGCCUCUAUCACCGGUACCUGCAGCACUGCCAGAGCCUUUUCUGCCACACGGCCCAGGAGGUGGAGGACGUCCUGCAGGCGUUCCUGGAGGCCAUCGGCACCCCCUGCCCUCCCCUGCGCUGCGUCACCACCCAGCUCUUCGCCCCGCUCUCGCGCCUGAGGCUGACCAGCCCCGACGGCUGCGCGUUCGUCCAGGCCAUGCACGACUUCGUCUUCGGCCGCGGCGAGGCCGGCGACGACCAGCCCUGAGCCGAGCCCCCGGGACACCGGGGCGGCUGGGCUGCGGCGGAGACCCCCGGCCCUGCGGUGCCCGUCCCGGCCGGGGGCGCUCGGUCCCACCGUGUUGCCAAUAAAGCUCUUUCGCAGCUUCAUGGCU